AUGGAGCAACGAGAGGAGGGCAAGAGACAGAGUUCCCUGCCAAUCAGUCUUAUCCCCCACCUAUACACAGGACCUCAGCAGCGGAGAAACCCGUCCGGCGAGGCAGCACAGUUGGAAACCACAUCGGAGGGGGGGGAGAGAACUGGACGGGAAAGCCCGUACGCAUCUCAUCCUGUGCCUUCGUAUCCAGUCUCCCAUGCAGGAACCUUGACUCUGACGCCUGCCGCUUUCGAGGACGACAGUGAACGAGGUAGCCGAUGUCGAAGCAGAUCGCCCGAAAUCCAGGACGUCCACCGCACUAGGUCGCCACGGCAAACUGAAGCGUCUUUCCUCACGCAUCCAGCGCGCCCCUUUCGAGCGAAUACCAUCUCCAGCGACCUGGCAUACUAUUCCCACACACCGUAUUCGGUCCCUGCUCCUUCAUUACGGGAGGCCACAUGGGGGCAGGGAGAGGCCGGACCGUCGACUUAUCAUACGAGACAAGAGUCUCGCGAGGAAGCUUUUCAGAGAGAAGCAAGAAGACUUCAGUACUCCAGUCAGUACGCCAGUCAGUAUGCUGGCCCAGAGCACCUUCCGCCACCACCCCGCCACUUGCCGGGAAAUCUUGCACUUCAAGAGGAGAGUGGCCACUCGCACAACUAUGACGACCGAAGGGUAUUUGAUCCUGCAUAUGCCGCCCGGUUUGGUGGAGGUAGUACAGGGACGCUUGAACAUAGUCAUCCAGUAACUCGGGAAGCGGUAGCUUACCAGGACAGGAUUACAGCGCAAACGAGACACAUUUUGAACUAUCCAGGUCUCCAAACAAGUGGCUCCGAACGCCCUCGAGUACCUGAACAUUCGUAUGAGCAUUUGCACACGUACGGUCCGGGUGCUCAGUUCGAGACUCACGGCAUGUACUCUGACAACACAUUCUUUCAAUCCGUCCCGAUCGCCUCCCCGGUACCUCGUCAGAGGAUACUUCCAGACAUCCAGCUACAACCAAACAUUGAGUCCGGGCUUCCUCUUACUCCAUUUUACUCGGAUACAAGUCCUUUGCCUCUAUGGUCCACAACAUACGAGGACGACGACCAUGGUACAGAAGCAAGCACCAGUCGGGAGAAGACGCGGGAUGACACUUCAAGGGAGAGGCAGACUGGCUCCCGCAGAAAGAAGAGGGAACGCGAAAAAACACCCUCACCAGAGGCACCAGAAGCAUCAAGGGCACCGGAGGAAAGGCCGCGGAAGAUUCCCAAGAAGACAGAAGGCCACCGUAUCCUACCCCAUUCGCUGUGGAAAGACAGCCAGCGCCAAGCCAAGGCCAAGGCCAGCAACAAGACCAACGGCCGCCUCCAGGACAAAGUCAAAGCCAAAGCCAGCGACGACACCAACACGCGCCACCAGAUCCAUUUGGGGGCGAGCAAGGAGACGAUGAAGAUGGACCUCCACGACAGGAAGAUACUUUCUAAGGUUCUCCAGUGCAUUGUGAUCGCUCGGUUCGACCAGAUUGAUAUUGAAGGAGGAUUCUCCAACAAGAUGCACGUCCGGCAAUACCCUGCCGCCAACGUCGGAUGCCAAUGCGCACAACAUUCCCAUCCCCACCUUCGUUCACGGCUUCUUUGGUCAUAG